AUGGAACAGCAACUUCACAAGGAUAACGCUUUGGCAGAUACUACAGAUCCUGCUGUGAUGGGUAUUCCAGAGGUUGCAGAUGUUGGUAUAGUUCCGAAGAUCGAACCGGGUGAGCCAUUGGAUGAAACUGGGCUCCAAUAUCACCAUCAAGAAGUUUUAGUACAAGAACUUAAUACUAUCAGGGACUUAAAAGGAGCCCAAAUGAUGAUAACACAUGCCAUAAAUACUGUGCUGCGAGAGAUGAGCUACAAGUCUGCAGAUGACGACAAGAAAUACAAAUUCAAGUGGAGCAGUGUCUCGACGUAUAACUUGUUGAAGUACUGUUACGAUAUUGGCCCUUUUUAUGGCUUCGAAAAUGGCAAGGAUCCUUCCCUGCGGAAACUUGAGCAGAGCAGCUUCAUAUCGCUGAAGUGGGGUUGUGUGUGGUACGAUGUGCUUAGAUCUGUUGACUUUCCCAACAAAAUUGUACCUACAGAGUUGCAGUGCAAAACUCGUUUUAAGUACCUAUUGGAACAAGCGCAUUCUCGGUUGUUCAUCGGCGACCUCAAGAAAAAGUUCGUCCUGACCGGUGUGCCCAAAUUAGAUAACAUGCUCGAGAAGGUUACGCGUCUGAAAUAUGAGGCAGAAGAACGCAAGACCGAGCUCCAAAAAUUCGAAGGCCAGCGUACCAAACGCAGCGCUAGCGAGUUGAUGGGUGACACGGCCGAUGCGGGGUUGACGAGCGUGGGGCCCGAGAUUGCGGACCUCGAUCGCGUUGGUAGCGAGAUGUCUUUUACGAGACGCAGAGGGGAUCUAUAUGCGGCAAAAUUUGCAGAAGACAGCUUCAGAGAAAGACAAUUGGCCCUUCAACACGAACAAGUUGCACUUGAACACGAACGUCUUGCGCUCCUUCGCGAACAAGAGGUUCGUCAAGCUAUAGACUCCAAUGUCAAGAGGGCUACAUCGGUCCUGAGUAUUUUAGGCUACGCUCAUGACCUGGACAAUGACCAACUGCAUAUCAAGGACACACUACUGCGCGUCUUGCAAAACUCAUUACACGAGUUACAAAAAUAA